UUCAUCACUUCCAUUGUUUCUUCUCAAAAAGUUGAUUUUUUUUUUCCUUGGUUACAUUUUUUUUCCUUAUUUCUCCGCUUGACUUAUUAGAGAAAUGUGUUCUGAUUCUUCUUAUUGUUAAAAAAAAUCUGAACUUUUCUCGUUUCUCUUAAGAAAAAAUUGAACUUUUUGUUUUUUUUUGGAUUUUUGGCUCCUGGGUUUUGUCUGAGAGGAAUCAGUCGGCUAACCUACGAUGAGUAGCUGACGAUCAGUGAAGAGUAUCAUUGAUUUUAUCUGACGAUGAAGAUGAAGAUAUCUUUUACAGCUUCAAGGUUCUUCUACCUAACGGCACUAGUGUGAAACUCACACUUAGUAACCCCGUUCCAAAGAUGUCUAUGCAAAACUUUGUCAACCUGGUGAAGAAGGAGUACGAUAAUGCUAGGAAAGACUGUCUUUUGCUGUCUAAGAGGACGAGGGUUGAUUGGAACUCAGGCGGAAAGUUUUCUCUUGAGUCAGAUGGCGAGAAGAUGAGUGCCGUUGUUCGUUUUGCUGCCUUUAAGCCGAACAUUUGUCAUAUAAUACGCCUCCAUGACGGUUCUGGUAUAGCUUCCACCAUGUAUGAGAACUUGUGGGACUUGACACCUGAUACUGAUCUUCUUAAAGAACUACCUGAAAAGUAUAGCUUUGAGACAGCUCUCGCGGAUCUAAUAGACAAUUCAUUGCAAGCUGUGUGGCCUUAUCGUGAAGGAGCUCGGAAACUGAUUAGUGUGGAUAUUUCUGCUGACCGGAUUACAGUCUUUGAUACCGGGAAAGGAAUGGACAGUAGUGAGCAAAAUUCUAUUGAUAAAUGGGGUAAGAUUGGGGCGUCAUUACAUAGAUCUCAAAAAACCGAUGCUAUUGGAGGCGAUCCACCAUACCUCAAGCCAUACUAUGGGAUGUUCGGAUAUGGAGGUCCUUAUGCUUCUAUGUUCUUGGGAAGGCGUACUUUGGUGUCUUCUAAGACAAAAGAGUCCAAGAAAGUAUUCACUUUGCAGUUUAAGAAAGAAGCCUUGAUUGACAAUCGGUCUAUAUUGGGAAAAAACUGGAAGACUGAUGGUGGCAUGAGGGACCCAUCGGAGGAGGAAAUGAAGUUAUCGCCUCAAGGAAGCUUUACAAAGGUUGAGAUAUUUGAAUCAGAAUUUGACAUCAGGCUUAAGGAUAUUUACUUUCCUUACAUCCAGUGUGAUGAACUCUCCAAAACUGGGAGAACUGAAAGGCUUGUAGUGUUUCAGGUCAAUGGGGAAGAUUUAGCUGAGAUAACAGGUGGAGAGGUUGCCAUUACCAACCUACACUCCACGGGUCAAGUAUAUUCAUUUGAGAUUCGAUUCACUCUCUCCGGUGGGAAAAGAAAAGAGACAACCCAAAAGGCAAAUGCUCGCCUGAAGUUUGUUUAUUUUCCAAUCGUCCAGGGAAAAGAAAGCUUUGAGAAAAUUUUGGAGAGUUUAGAAGAGGAAGGAUGCAAGGUUUCUGAAAGUUUCCAAACUUUUGGUCGUGUUUCAGUAAGAAGGCUUGGUCGUCUACUUCCAGAAGUCCGUUGGGAUUCAAUACCGUUUAUGGUGAGAGGAAACAGAGCGUCUACUUUGCAGAAAGGCUUCCGAAGAGUAAAAUGCUUUGUUGAUUUGGAUGCUGGUUUUAGCCCAACGCCGUCCAAAACCGACCUUGCGAGCCAAAAUCCUUUCUCAGUAGCUCUAAGAAAUUUUGGUAAUAAACCGACGGUAAAAGAGAAGGAUGAUGAUGUCAGCUUUGAGAUUUUUAAAGAAGGAAGGAAUGUCAGCUACGCACAAGUUGACGAUAAUUUUAGAGAUUGGGUUCUGAAGAUGCAUGAUACCCAUGAUGAAGAAGCUGCGUCGGGUGAAGAUGAAGCUGUCCUCAUUGUUGGAUCACUGGAUAAAAAGGCCCUUGUCAUUUCGCGUGAUGCUGUGAGGGUGCACAAGGUAGUUACGAGAAAAGGAAUGUCAUGGAAACGUGGUCAGAAUAUAAAGAUUCUGAGAGGAGCUUGUGCAGGGGUUCACAAUAACAAUGUGUAUGCCACCAUUGACUAUUUUCUAAUAGAAGGGUUUGAGGACGAAGCAGGCGGGGAUACUCGGAUUUUAUGCAGGCUUAUCGAUCGCCCUGAGAGUGAGGGAUGCAAGCUUUCAAUCAUUGAUGGAAUUUCGAAACUGGAAAUUGGGAGGUCUUUAUCUUUACCAAUCACUAUAAUCGACUCUGGAAAGUGCCUACCUGUAGAUGCAAACGAAUGGAAUAGAAAACUUGAGAAGCAACAGGAAAAGGCACCGUCAAAAAUUGAUUUGCUGGAUGAGAGAGAUUGCAGAGAAUUUGGCAUUGAUGGGGAAUUACCAGUUGGUGAUUCCGUGCGUGCUGGGCGAGCUCCCCCAAAACAGAUUGUAGCAGUUGUCCGACCUGCAUGCUUCACGUCUUCAACACCGUCCAAGAAGUUGGACCAGUUGAAGUUGGAACAGAAACAUAUUGUUAAGAUGGAUGAAGAAAUGGUCAUGGUAGUAAAGUUGCUAGACACAAAUAUGAAACCGAGUGAUAAGAAUGUCAAACCUGUGUAUUCGCAGCGCUUGUGUCCUACAUCUCGUAAAGGGAUUAGUGGUCUCUACAUUUUUUCACUUGGGUCCAAGUUACCGAACCUUUUCAAGAAAGCUGGCACUCACAAAUUUUCUUUCUCCAUUGGAAAUUCGAUCAAGUGCAACAAAACGGUGGUUGUUAGGCCUUCUUCAAAGGUAGCAAGGUGGGAACUUGACGAUAAUCUGGAGUCCCUUCCAUGCAAUGUUCAGUAAGACUCCUAAU